GGGAACUGUACUUUUGAUGUAUUGAUCACCGAUCUCGCCCAGAGUAGUCUGCUUAGAUACACGAUCAACAUAUCCCCGAAAUCACCAUGGGUUCAUCCACCCCGUUCUCGUCGCUCUUCAUCUCGCCAGCGGAAUUGCACGAUGCCUUGUCGGAUACUUCAAGUGCUGUUCGGGUGAUUCCCCUUAUUGCGGGGAGAAACUCGUCACUGCAAUCCUUUGAAUCACAACAUAUACCAGGUUCUGUAUUCCUCAAUAUGGAUAUAAUCAGAGACACCAACUCCCGGUAUCCAAUGAUGCUACCCACGCCAUCCCAAUUUGCGAGCUACAUGACAGAACUCCAAAUCACACCCAAUGAUGUCCUAGUCAUCUAUGACCCAAUGGAGCCAGGAUUCUACUCAUCGCCACGAGUUGCAUGGAUGUGUCAGCAUUUCGGGCACAAGGCCGUUCACGUCUUGAAUACUUUUCCCCGUUAUGUCGAAGAGCGGUUCCCCGUUGCUACAGGCAAGGUAUCAAUGCCUACAAACACCACGACAGAAGCGACAUAUCCGGAACAAACUGUGUCCAUCGCGAGGAAUGUCAUUUCCUUCGAAGAAUUGCGCGAUAUCAUCGCCGAGCCCGCUCAAGCACAAAAAUACCAAAUCAUCGACUCGAGACCCAGCGCCCGCUUCUCCGGUCCCCCCGAUACAGAGCCCUCGGCUCUGCCGGUGGGCCAUAUCCCGUCCGCUAUCAAUGUACCUUUCUCUUCUCUGUUGGGAUCGGAUAAGAAGGUGUUAUCGCCGGCUGAGCUUACGGAGCUUUUUAAUCGAGCUGGUGUGAGAGCGGAUGUGCCGACUGUGUUGUAUUGCAAUACGGGUGUUACUGCGGCGGGAUUGGAUUUGGCAUUGAGUGCGAGUGGGUUGAAUAUUAGCACGAGGCUUUAUGAUGGGAGUUGGAGUGAGUGGAGCAAAAGGGCUGAUAAGGAGGGUAUGAUGGUCAAUGAGUAAUACUUUUGAGGGAAUGUACAUAGAGUCUUGAUUCGAAG